UACUGUAGACUGCGGUGAUAGUCAAAGUGAUAGUGUGACAAAUUUCUUGAUGUCGUAUUCCUAUGACUCUGUUUUGUCUGAGUUUGUGACCAAAACAGGUUGCGAUCCAGACAUUGCACGCGAUCUUCUUCAGAAUCUCAGAUGGGAUCUGGAGGCCGCCUUCGACGCGUAUUCGCAGUUUACAGCAAGCACGGAACCAUCAGUCACGAUAUCUGAGCCACCACCUUAUGAACAAGCGAUAGCGAACAGAAGUAGAGCAGCAGAAAGUGAGUUAUCGUGCGGAGUUCCAGCUCAAACACAUUCCGGUCAUGACAGCGAGAAGGGUUAUCACCGCGGCCUGUCGUUCAGCAAUUCUCCAGUUGUAACGAGACUCAGGGAUGCUGUACAGUACGACCGGCUGAGUGAAGCUGGGGACAAAUUUUCAGACUACUCGUUCGUUUUGCCGGAUUUUUCCGGGGAGGAUGCCGACUAUCAAGAGUUCCUUAGAAAGGAUCUUGUCAAUACGUCAGCACAAGUUGCCCUAGAGAGUGCGGGCUGUCUUAACUGGUGGUGCAGUCAGAGCCCAGGCCCUGCUCGUCGUCUUAUUCCCUUGGCAACAUCAGGAGAUGGUAACUGUUUAUUGCAUGCUGCAUCACUGGCCAUGUGGGGAAUACAUGAUCGACUUCUCACCCUUCGACAAGCCUUACAGGAAACACUAACAGACAGCCCAAUGGCAGGAUCAUUACGUCGUCGUUGGACAUACGAUAUUGAACAGAGAAACAAAGAAGCAGGUGGUCUGGUUUACUCACAAAUGGAGUGGGACAGAGAGUGGAAUGAUGUGUUACGGCUUUCAUCGUGUCAGGAAAGGCCUUCCGAUUCUUUACAGCCACACUAUGAGAGUCUGGAGGAGAUUCAUGUGUUUGCUUUAGCUCAUGUUUUACACCGGCCUUUGAUCGUAAUAUCAGACAAGUACCUAAGAGACUGUGACAAUGUGCCUAUUGCUCCAAUUUACUUUGGUGGUGUGUAUCUUCCUCUUGAACGUCACCCAACGAAAUGUUUCAAGACUCCUUUGUUGCUCACUUACGAAGCGUCUCAUUUUUCGGCUCUUGUUUCCGUGGAAUCUCAUGCAGUAGAGAUGAUGGAACCGAAGAAAGGACUCUUUCCUAAGCGAAACAGGAAAAAGAAUCCAUCAGCUGUGGUUCCCCUGCAGUUAGCUGAUGGUUCUCUGCUUCCAGUCCACUUCAGUAUUGAUAGAGAGAACCUUAAAGAGCUAGCAUCAAUCAAGAAGACUUAUUCUCAUUUAAAAUCUCUUGAUGAGAUGAGACAGGAUGACCUAGAGACAUAUCAUUUGAAAUUAAUGAAGAAGUACCUGGAUGUCAGUGAGUUUGAUCUGACAUUUGUACAUGAAGAACAGCCAGGCCCUCCUCUCAGUCCUGUUUCUUUGUCUGCUGAUUGCAAGUCAGUGUGUAGUUCUGAAGGUAGCAGUGUGCCUCUGCAAGGACAACAUUUGCAGAAUUCUACUGUGAAGGCAAACAAAAGGUCAUUUUUCAGUGCACUUGCUGCUGGAUUUCGAUUUGGUAACAACAAGCUUAAAUUGCCACCUGAUACAAGAGCAUUGGGUUCUAGACUUGAUGUCAACAAAAGACCACCUCAUUAUGAUGAUUUGAUUGCAAAUUAUUUGGAGUCAGCUCAUGACAGGUUUUUACAGGCACAAAAGAAAGAAUCACAGAAAGAGAGGGAAAGAGAAUCUUCUAGACGACAACAGGAAGAGGAGAAAGCAGCAUGUGAAACAAGACACUGUCAAACUGUGGGGUGUGAAAUGUAUGGUACAGCACAAACAGACUUCCUGUGUUCACAUUGUUAUGCUCAGCAACUGCAACAUUUAGGCAAGACAUAUCAACACCCGAUCUUGAUUGGAACUGGUUCUAACCAUCCCACAGGUCUUGUACGUAGGGACACAUCGGGAUUGGGUGGACACUACGAUUUCAACCAGAGCUCGCCUAGCUGGACUGAGUUGGCAUCUCAUCCUUCUGUCUCACGUAACAAGCUACUUGAUCUGAACCAGUAUGCUGGAUAUUACCCCGACAGUGUUCAAACUGCAACUUGUGACUUUCCAGCACACAGGUCUUCCAUAUCAUAUCCACAUACUCGAUCACAGAUUGGUUUCACAGAUGCAGGAAAGCAAUUGGAAACACAAUAUUUGAACAGAACCCACAGGGGCAGAGACCGUGUUAGUAUUAGUCAAGAUGACCAGUGCACUCAUGUUUAGUUAUUACGAUUGAGCAUGUGUAUUACACUUUACUCUUCUUUUGAAGUAGCUGUUUUUUUAUUUAUUAGGUCUAUAAACAGAUGAGCAC